AUGUUACCCCAAACAUAAUCAAACCUUAUUCCGAAAAAGAAGAUCGAACAUUACACUUAUUUAAUGCAUGAGCAGAUCGGGAGAGGAUACAGUUCUAAGGUGUAUAAGGGGAAGGACGAGAACACUGGAGAAGUAGUUGCAGUAAAAGUGAUUGAUGUGAAAGCAAUCAGCAAUGAGAUAGAGAGAUCCUUGAUCAAUUAGGAGAUCAAUGCACUCAAGUUAAUACAGUCAGUCAACGUUAUAAAAUUGCACGAUUAUUAUCACACCAACAACAAUACUUACAUAAUCACUGAAUAUUGCAAUUAGGGGGAUUUGGGCAAGCUCAUUCAACAGUAGGGGGUAAUACCUGAAGUGGAGGCCUUUAAAAUAUUGAGACACAUCAUAAACGGAUUCAAGGAGUAAAUUAGGAAGGGAGUCAUUCACAGAGACAUAAAACCAACCAAUAUCCUAAUUAAGAAUUCAGUUCCCAAGUUGGCUGAUUAUGGUUUCUCUAAAAUGAUUAAGGCUCCCAAAGAGAAGGUAUUUUAUAAGGUUGGUACUCCUAUUUAUAUGAGUCCUGAAAGUUAUUUGGAGAAUAAAUAUUCAGAGAAGAGCGAUAUUUGGAGCAUCGGAGUAGUCUAUUAUUAAAUGUUAUAUGGUUAAUGUCCAUGGGUAAUCAAUUCAGAAAGUGAAUUCCAAGAAUCUGUAUCGCAACUGCAUUUUAAUCGCAACGUUCCAAUAUCAGAAGAGUCAAAGGAUUUCUUAAGGAGAGCCUUGCAAGUUGAUGAAAAUCAGAGGUUGUCUUUGGCUGAAAUUGAUCAGCAUCCUCUCUUCUUACGUCGUAAUACUACUGCUCUCAAUAAGAUGAGAGGUGCUUUAGUCAGCAAUUCAUUCAACAAAUCAAUCACAAAUAUGAAUGUUGUCAGAGUUAAUCAAACCCAACAGUGUACAAGGAGUGGCUCUACUUCGCAUAAGCAUUAAAAGUCCAAUCAGAUUAAGGAGAGGAUUGGCACUGUAGUGUAACAUACAUACCAAAGCUUUCAUUAUGGUAGUUUUUUCAUUUAUUUUGAAUCUAGAAUCUCAAGCUGAAGAGGUUAUUUGUAAUUUCCUAAAUCAAUGCAAAUUCAUCUAUCGGACUUGUCAAUUGAUUGAUCAUAUCAAGUAUUUGCAAUCACCGAGGUUGAGAGAGAAGAUUAUGGGAUAUUUUGGAAGGGAAGUGAUGGACAUCAUGAAUAAAGUAUGUGUAAUAUUUAUUACAAGCUAAAAGAAGCAUAUGAGAAAGGAGUCAACAAUAUUAAAGUGAGCAGUUUCAACCAUUAAUUUGUGGUAGUCAUACUAAAUAAGCAUUCAUUCAGAGAAGUCUAUUUGAAAUAUAAAGAAUAUUAUGGCACGUCCUAGUUGGGGGAUAUAUCUGCACUGAAGGAUGUGAUUAGGGAACUGAAUCAUUAACUCAGAAUUAAUGAACAAAAUGAAACUGGUAUUUUAUUGCUAGAUUACCUAACCUAUUAUUACCAAGUGAUUAUAAGUAAUAAUCCUUAAUAAUUCUUGGAUGGUAAACCCAUGAAUGAAAUUACCCCUAGUCAUUAUCAAGAAAUUAGAGUGAAAAUAUAUAAUUUAGAAAUAUGA